AUGAAGUCUUUCGCCCGGGUCUUCACCGCGCUGGCGGCCGUUGCGCCGUACUUGCCGUCAUCUCUGGCGCAGAGUGGAACACCGGUGCAAUACACGGACUCGGCCAGCGGUAUCACCUUCGAUACAUGGCCGGUCCCGCAGACUUCUACCGUAGGAGGGAUGACUUUUGGUGUCGCUCUCCCAUCCAAUGCCCUGACAGUCGACGCCACCGAGUUCAUCGGAUACCUGCAAUGCUCCUCCAAGGAUGCGACCAACACCGGCUGGUGUGGUGUUUCGUUGGGAGGCCCAAUGACCAACUCCCUUCUCCUGAUGGCCUGGCCCCACGGCAAUGACAUCCUCACCUCCUUCCGCUAUUCUCCGGGCUACGACAUGCCGGAGCUCUACACCGGCAAUGCCGUGCUGACCCAGAUCUCGUCCACCAUCAACGCGACCCACUACUCGUUGAUCUUCAGAUGCCAGAACUGCCUGAAGUGGACCCAGGGCGCCCAGAGCGGAGCCGCCUCCACGAGCUCGGGAAUGCUGAUCCUCGGAUGGUCCCAGGCCUUCCCUCCACCGCGCAACCCCGAGUGCCCGAACGGCAUCGACCUCGACCAACACGAUAACGGACAGGGUAUCUUCGGGGCCCAGCUCAACAAGGCGCCCAACCCGUCGUACACGGCAUGGGCGGCCAAGGCCACCAAGACGGUCACGGGAACUUGCGGCACAUCCGCGCCGACCACGACCUCUUCGGUCCCCGUCCCGACAGGAAAGGCCUACGACUACGUCGUGAUUGGCGGUGGUGCCGGUGGUAUCACCGUCGCCGAUAAGCUCAGCGAGUCUGGCAAGAGCGUGCUGCUGAUCGAGAAGGGUCCUCCAUCGUCUGGCCGCUGGGGCGGUACCAUGAAGCCCGACUGGCUCCAGGGCACCAACCUGACCCGGUUUGACGUCCCCGGCCUGUGCAACCAGAUCUGGGUCGACUCUGGCGGGAUUGCCUGCGGUGACACGGAUCAGAUGGAGGGCUGUGUUCUCGGUGGAGGCACGGCUGUGAAUGCCGGUCUCUGGUGGAAGCCGUACACUCUUGACUGGGACUACGACUUCCCUGACGGCUGGAAGGCAAAGGACAUGGCCGCGGCGACUUCCCGAGUCUUCUCGCGCAUCCCGGGAACUGACACCCCAUCCAUGGACGGCAAGCGUUACCUGCAGGAAGGAUUCAACGUCCUCACCAGCGGGUUCUCGGCUGCGGGGUGGAAAUCCGUGGUAGCAAACAGCUCGCCAAACGAAAAGAACCGCACAUACGCCCACACGCCCUACAUGUUCUCGGGCGGAGAGCGGGGCGGGCCAAUGGCGACCUACCUGGUCUCGGCCAGUGCCCGGUCCAACUUCAAGCUCUGGACGAACACGGCUGUGAAGCGGGUUAUUCGCCAGGGGGGCCACAUCACUGGCGUUGAGGUCGAGGCUUUCAAGAACGGCGGCUAUGCUGGUAUCGUCAACCUCACUCCCGUCACUGGUCGGGUUAUUCUCUCGGCUGGUACCUUCGGGAGCGCGAAGAUCCUGCUGAGAAGCGGUAUUGGUCCCGCAGACCAGCUCCAGAUUGUGAAACAGUCUGCGGAUGGCCCGACAAUGAUCAACAACCAGUCGUGGAUCCCGCUGCCGGUCGGCUAUAACCUCAUGGACCAUCUCAACACCGACACUGUCGUAACACACCCUGAUGUUGUGUUCUAUGACUUCUAUCAAGCAUGGACGAAUCCCAUUGUGGCGGAUAAGAAUGCUUAUAUGAGGAAGUCAACCCACGGCCGAAAGGGCAUCUUGGCUCAAGCCGCUCCCAACAUUGGGCCCAUGUUUUGGGAGGAAAUCAAGGGGAAGGAUGGGAUUGUCCGGCAGUUGCAAUGGACCGCCCGAGUCGAGGGCAGCCACGACAUCGAGAACGGAAUUGCCAUGACCAUGAGCCAAUACCUUGGCCGUGGCGCAACAUCCCGGGGACGCAUGACCAUCACGGCAGGCCUUUCCACAAUCGUCUCCGACCUCCCGUAUCUCAAGGAUGACAACGACAAGCAGGCCGUGGUCCAGGGCAUCGUCAACCUCCAGAAGGCCUUGUCGAGCAUCAAGGGCCUGACCUGGAAGUACCCAGACGCCAAAACAACCCCUCAGAAGUUUGUUGACGACAUGACGGUGGGCUACUCCAAUCGCCGCGCCAACCACUGGAUGGGCACGAACAAGCUCGGUCCCGACGACGGACGCAACAACGGCGGCACCUCGGUGGUGGACCUCAACACGAGGGUCUACGGCACGGACAACCUGUUCGUCGUCGACGCCUCCGUGUUCCCGGGCAUGCCGACGACGAACCCGUCGGCCUAUAUCGUCAUCCUGGCCGAGCGGGCGAGCGAGCGCAUCCUCGCCCUACCGCCCAACACCAAUGCCCGCCGCUACGACCAGUGCGCCGGCCGCAUAUUCAACGGCCCCUUUACCUGCGAGCCGCCGUACACGUGCCAGUACCAGAAUGAGUACUACUCGCAGUGCCUGUGA